AGCAAAAAAAAAAAAAAAGUUGCGGUUGUUGCGUUCCAAUUCAUUCGCUUGAUCCGUACUCGGCGUUACUCCGCCGUGUCGGUCGAUCGGUUGAUCGAAUUGCUUCCUUUUUAAGCGUACUGAAGUUUCUUGGAUCGGAUCGAUACGUCGGCGAUGGCGGCGGCGACGGUGUGGCGUUGCGCGGUGGUGGUCGGAGUGGUGAUCAUGGCGGCGGCGGCGGUGGUGGAUGGGCUCGGGGUGAACUGGGGCACAAUGGCGACGCACCGGCUGCCGCCCAAGGUGAUGGCGCGGCUGCUCAAGGACAACGGGUUCAAGAAGGUGAAGAUCUUCGACGCCGACGCGACGACCAUGUCGGGGCUCGCCGGCACCGGCAUCGAGGCGAUGAUCGCCGUCCCCAACGACAUGCUCGCCGCCGUCGGCGACUACGGCCGCGCCAGGGAGUGGGUGAAGGAGAACGUCACGAGGUACAGCUUCGACGGCGGCGUCGACAUCAGGUACGUCGCCGUCGGCAACGAGCCGUUCCUCAAGGCGUACAACGGCCAGUUCGACCGCGCCACCGUGCCGGCGCUGAGGAACAUCCAGCGCGCGCUCGACGAGGCCGGGUACGGGAAGCGGAUCAAGGCGACGGUGCCGGUGAACGCCGACGUGUACGACUCGCCGGCGAGCAACCCGGUGCCGUCGGCGGGGAGGUUCCGCGACGACGUCGCCGGCACCAUGGCCGACAUGGUCAGGUUCCUCAACCGCAGCGGCGCGCCGCUCACAGUCAACAUCUACCCCUUCCUCAGCCUCUACGGCAACGACGACUUCCCGCUCGACUACGCCUUCUUCGACGGCGGGCCGCCGCCGCGGCCGGUGGUGGACAACGGCAUCAACUACACCAACGUGUUCGACGCCAACUUCGACACGCUGGUGUCGGCGCUGAAGAGGAUCGGGUUCGGGAGCCUCCCGAUCGUGAUCGGCGAGGUCGGGUGGCCGACGGACGGCGACAAGCACGCCACCGUGCCGUACGCGCAGCGGUUCUACUCCGGCCUGCUCAAGCGGCUGGCGGCGCGGCGCGGCACGCCGCUCCGGCCGCGCGCGCGCAUCGAGGUGUACCUGUUCGGGCUGAUGGACGAGGACACCAAGAGCGUGGCGCCGGGCAACUUCGAGCGCCACUGGGGCAUCUUCACGUUCGACGGCCGGCCCAAGUUCCCGCUCGACCUCCGCGGCGCCGGGCGGCCGGCGAUGCCGGUGCCGGCGAAGGGCGUCAAGUACCUGCCACGGCGGUGGUGCGUGCUGAACCCGAACGUGACGGACGACGACGCCGGCCGGCUCGCCGACAACGUCGGGUACGCGUGCUCGCACUCCGACUGCACGGCGCUCGGCUACGGGUGCAGCUGCGGCGCGCUCGACGCGCGUGGGAACGCGUCGUACGCGUUCAACGUGUACUACCAGGCGCAGGGGCAGGCCGACGCGGCGUGCGACUUCCAGGGGCUCGCCGUCGUCACCGAAGACGACAGGGACGUGGCGCAGGGCGCCUGCAACUUCAGCGUGCAGGUCGCCGCCGCGGCAUUGGUGGGCGCCGCCGUUGCCGCCGCCGCGGCGGUGGCGUGCGCGGCGGCCGUGGUGGCCGCGCUCCUUGCGUUGGUCUGAAACUUAAUUAGAUACGGUGAAAGGUGAAAUGUAUGCAGAGGCUGUAGAUAGGUGAAGCCUAUGAAAAUUUGUACCACUAUACUUUGGUUAUUUCUGCUCGUUUAUAUGAGUAGUGUAUUGUUUCUGCUUAUAAAGCUAGGGGGCCUCAUCGUUUUCCUUAAAAAUAAU